AUGGUCUACGAGAUCAUGCCCAUUGUGUGGAUGCUCCGCCUCAUGCUCAUGCUGCCCGUCACCGUCUUGUCCAAUGGCAACUUCCGGUUCCGGUGGCUGUCGGUACCGGUGGCGCUCUCGUUCGCGACGUGGCUGGUGCUGGUCGUCAUCUCCUACUACACGGUGCGCUUCCGUCUGGACCCCGUGAGCGUGGACGGCAAGCACUUUCACGUGUGGGACCUGGUGCCCAAGUACGCGUCGUCCUUCACCUUAAUCUACAUCGUCUUCAUGCCCUACACGAACUGGGCCCUCACGGGCAGCACCAUCGAAAUGAUCGAACGCUGGAAGAGAGUCCAGCGCCUGGGCGUGGCGGGCCUGCGCCAGCACCGCCGCAUCUGGGUGGCGUUGGUCAAGGUGGUGUACAAGCUGAGCGAGGCCUGGGGCCGCACGCAGGCGGUGCUGCUGGGGAUCUUCUUCGUGACUGCAGUGUCCAUCUGCUUCGUGCUGACGCACAUGGUGCUAUCCAAAAGCCUGGACAAGUCAGCCCUCUGGAUCGGUCCCGCUCUCCUGCUCGUCAUCCUGGCCUUCGUCAGCAUCUGCCACUCUGCGCAGGUCAUGAUCGACGCGAUUCGAGUUCCCGCCAAGAUGCAGCUUCUGCUGCUGUCGUUCCUGGUAAAGGACGAGGAGACCACGACGGAGAUUGUUCAAUUCCUUGAAGAAAUGUACCUUGAGAGACCGAGGGUGUCCGUGUGUGGGCUGGGUGACCUCAGCAAAGCAAGUAUUGUAUACGCAUUUGGGUUGGCAAACACCUACAUCGUGGUGCUCUCCCAGUUCAGCAUCUCCGCGGAGGCCCUGCGAGCUAACUUCAUUGCAGACUGAUACCAGAGUCCUAUAGGACUCUAACUGAUACCAGUUUGGCUCCAGGUGCUCGCGCCGUGCUAAAUUCUUUUCUUCCCCCGUUUUUUGUUGGAGGGAAGGGGAGAGGGAGGUGAGAGAGGUCAGUCCACCUCCCUGCUCAUCGCAGGGCAGGGCCUUUCCCAUGAUUCAGUGGCCAGCUCUCUAGGGGGCCUGUAGUCCCUGUAGCGUCAGUGUUACCGUCUCGCAUACACAAAGCCACCACCGCCGACAAUGCUGACAAACAACACGCCCAAAGGGCGCGAUAAUCCUCCCUCACCCUCCCCAGCCCCCUCGACCACGCUCUCCCAGACUUCUCGGAAGACCAGCCGGCGCCACCUUCAUCACUCUCCGCAGAGCUCGCAGAUCGGUAAUCGGGCACAAGGGCCACGGAGACGGCGUCCCAAAGCAACACGCCCCCGGGGGGCGGCCUGAAGUCACCAUUAACAAAAACAAAAACAACACAAGUGAAACAUGCGCCCUGUCGCGUCGCCCACGCUAGUUGAGAACUAAUUGCCUUGGCGCCUGGCAUGCGACACCCGCGGGAUGCCGUGGCCAUCGUGCUGCGUGCCACCCCACCGCG